AUGGGCAAGGUGAAAGGGGUGCGUGCCAAUGCUCGUGGCGACCAGGUUGUUCGUGGCCGCCCGCUCUUCCAGACUGUCGACGUGCCGCGGCGCAGCCCGCUCUUCUACCACGAAGGUGACGACCGGUCCUCGGUCACUGAGCGUUUGGCACCGGCAGUCAGACCAGUGUGUGCAAAGAAGUACGCGCCAGAUCCAGCAUGGAAGGCUAAGGAUGCCAUGUCCGAUCGUUUCGAUAAUCCGGUUGUGGAUACACUGUACAUGGACCUGAACCCAGAUAGCCCCGGGUGGGCCUUCGGCUAG